CCCGCCAAGGGCAGCAAAGCGGCGGUGGGAGGCCGCCCGUCCGCCUGCAGCCUGGGCAGGACUUUUAACUUUCUCUUCUUGCUUGCUCUGUUCGCAGCCGCCGUGUUCUCGGGCUGGGGCGUGCAGCACCUCCUGGGCGAGGUCAGCCAGCUCAGCCUGCGCCAGGAGGGCUCCGCGCGGCAGCGAGAGGAGCUGGCUCACACCCUGCAGGGAGUGGUGCAGAAGGUGAAUUCUCUUCAAACCACAUUUGGGGGUUUUGAAUCCAUGAUGAAAAGUACUCAGCAUAAACAAGAAGUUACAGAGAAGACUGUUAAGCAAGGGGAGAGUGAAAUAAACCGAAUCAGUGAAGUUCUUCAAAAACUACAAAAUGAAAUACUGAAAGACCUGUCUGAUGGCAUCCAUGUGGUAAAAGAUGCAAGAGAACGAGACUUCAUGUCACUUGAAAACACUGUAGAAGAAAGAUUAACAGAGUUGACCAGAUCUAUCAAUGAUAACAUUGCCAUAUUCACUGAAGUCCAGAAAAGGAGUCAAAAUGAAAUCAAUGAUAUGAAAGCAAAGGUCGCUUCACUGGGAGAAACAGAUGUAUAUAAACAUGAAUUCAAGGUGCUGAAAGAUACUAUUGAUGAGAUGCAGACAUCCUUGAAAACCAAAGAAAAGACCAUUGAGUCUCUGAAAAGUACAAUAGAGUCCAUGGAAUCUGAUGUUUAUACCGAAGUCAAAGAAUUAGUCAACCUCAAACAGGAACUUGAGAAGUUCAAAGAGACUGCUGACACAGAAUACCUUUCAUUAAAAGCUUUUCAAGAGAAAGUUCUUAAAGCUGAAGAAUCCAUUACACAGCUCCCUGAUGAGAUUAAAAGACUUGAUGAAGAUCUACAGCAAAUUAAAGCUGAUCUUAACAAACAAGAAGAAAACGUACUCUACAAAAAUGUGUUAGAAACCCUUGAAAAAACCACUGAUGGCUUUGAAUCCAGAUUCAGAGGUGUAGAAGACAGUUUUCAGUCUCUAAGUUCUGUUGAUGCUAAACAGUCUGAAAAGAUGGAAUCACUUCUUUCUAAGCAUGAAGAGUAUGAAAGAAAGCUAGCUACUCUAGAGGAAACCAUUGCAUCUCUACAUAGUACUUCAGAUGUAGAUGUACAUUCAAUAACAAACACCGUGAGAAGUCUUAGUGAAGCUCAGCUUUCAUUAUACAAUGAUGUUGAUGAACUGAGAAAAAGUGUGAGUGACCUACCAGACUCUGCCAAUGCACUUCAUAACAUACAAAAACAAGUAAGUGCUUUGCUGGAUCAAGAAAAGCCUCAGAUGGACCAACCACAAGACAAUCUUGAAAAGCUGUCUUCUGUAGAAGGUUCUGUAGAUGAAUUAAGAUCUAUUGUCAAUCAAGUUGAAUCUGACUUGAAAAUGAUAAGAACUGCAGUGGAUAGUUUAGUUGCUUAUUCAGUGAAAAUAGAAACUAAUGAGAAUAACAUGGAGUCUGUAAAGAGUUCAGUGGAUGACCUAAGGAAUGAGCUGGAUAGAUUGUUCAUGAAAGUAGAAAAGAUACAUGAAAAAGUUUAGUGAACAGUGGUAAUUGUGCAGUUAUUACAUUUUUUAAAAUAGUUUUUGUAUGCCCAGUGUUUUGACAAAGCCAAAGAAAACAAGGACACAUAAUUAGAGACAGUUCUGCUUAAUUCCUGGAUCUCUCUUCUGUUUAAAAAAUAAAAUUAAGGUUUUGUGUGUCUGGGUAGAUGGGUGAGAGGGUAAAUUACUAAUGCCUGAUCUACAUUACAAGGUGUUCUGCUGUGACUUAAAGCAGCACGAAUCUCCCUGCUGUAAACAUAGGCCUAGUCUAUGCUUAAAAUUAGAUCGACCUACCUUCAUCACUCAGGGCUGUGAAAAAUGUUGUGCUGUGUGAGACAUAAUUAGGUUGACCUAGCUCCCUGUAUAGAUGCAGCUAGGUCAAAGUAAGAAUUCUUCUAGUGACCUAGCCACUACCUCUUGUAGUUAAUCCAUCUCUCCACUAGCUGAAAAACCCCUUUACACUAUAAUACAACAGUGGCAGAGCUACAGGGCAUAGCUGUGGCACUAUAGCAGCUGUAGUGUAAACAUACCCAUAGAUAUAUAAAGGUGCUUUAUACUAGGGAUGUAAAAUCCCAUUUAAUUAGUUAACCAGUUAAAAGGGGAGUGGUGGAGGUAGAGAGCCUCACAGAAGGCUGGAAGCAGCAGGUGGGGUGUGAAGAGGCUGCUGGCUUGUGCGAGGGUGAUGCUUACCCGUUACCUGUUCACAUCCGUACUUUAUACUGGGUUAGCUAUUCCAAUAGUGGAAGGGGAGUAACUAUAUUGGCAUAAGUUACCUUUAUAGUGAUGUAACUGCAUCCACGCUAGGGCUUUUAGUGUUAUGAUUGUUUUUGAAUAAAACCAAACAAACUCACCCUUAACCAAAAUAUUCAGGCUGGUAAUUUUUUUAUGUGUAGACUAAGCCUGAGGCAACUCAUCUGUUCCUUCGGCUUAUUACACAGUGGAGGGAAAGAAGCGAGUUCUGACUGCCAUGUGUACAUAACCACACACGGGAAAAUUCAUGGAGCCGGGAGAAGAACAGGGCAAGUAGGCUCAGGCUCUCUUAAAAAACUUGAGAUGAGAGAUACUGAGGGGGUGAUUCAUGACACUGCUAAGAAGUACAGGCACUUGUCCCCAUUUUCCUUUUCCCCAGCACCUCCAAAGCCUCAUGUCCAGAUCAGCAUAGCUGAGGAAUCUGAAUGGAUACAUAUAAUUCAUUGCCAGAGGGCUCGGUAACAUUUUGCUGUGUUAUUUUGGGAUGAUGUACAUUGUCAAAAGUUUUUCCUUGACAUCCUAGUUUCUUGUGAUAUCCCAGUUAGUUGCUGUGGAGGUGAUUGGGGCUUUGAGUGAGGAAGACUGAGGAGGGGAACUAAAGCAAUGCAGCCCAUGCUACACAGCUUGCUAGUCUUGACAUACCCUGACAUAAGAGUUGUUCUGCCACUGUAGUAACUCCACCUCCCUCAGUGAUGUUAGUUGUGCCUCCAAGAGCCCCUCUAUCAGCAUGCAAACUGGGGAGGGAGGAUAGUUUAUGCUGUGCCACUGGCAUGUGUGUGCUUCUCACACUCCAACUGACUUAGUAAAGCCAGUGUACGUUUUAGGUGUAGACCAGGCCUAAGCAUGCUAAUAAUACCACAGGAGGAGAAAGAGAAGAUUCAGAGUGAUACCAACAGAAUUGUUUCUAAAAAAAUCACCUUUUUAAGAUUAUCCCUGAGGUGACAGUGACUUUAAUUAGUAUUAUUUUAUUCUGUACCAUUGGAGUCACUGGGAGUGUCAUUAACUUCAGUGCAGUGGGAACAAGCCUUAGGUUGGCUGAGAACCAGAAUGUGUCAAAUAUUAAAGAAUUCCAAGCACUCUUAAGAAUCUCUUGAACUUUUUAGGGGUUUGUAUCCUUGAGAAGGAUUUCUGAUUGCUGUUUUCCAAAGGUACUUAUGCCUAGGUGCAGGCCGCUCUUUAAAUGGGGAUAGAUGCUAGCCCAUAGAGAGUAUAAUGCAUGCCUUAUCUUAGUCAACUCUUUGGCUACAUUAGAAAAUGAUUCCUAGAAUUAGCACCUUCCACAAGUGGUAAUUUCUGGGAACAGAAAAGGGGGAGCCCCCUCAGAUAUUAAAGAAUAAAAUAUCCAGCCACCUCUAAUGCUGUUCCUUCUGUAUAUAGUGAAAAGUUGCUAACAGGUCAACUAAGUCUUAAUAAGGGAGGCAGAUGUACUGCACUGAGAGAGUUUUUUUUUUUUUUUUUUUUUUUACCUUUUGAUCUGAAUUGUUCUUUAUUGACUUUCCUUUUCAAGUUUCUAACAGUUGUUUAGGUUACUGUGAAGUGAACUGUAUAGCUUAUUUACAGUAUUUUUAAUACAUAAUAAACACUUGGUAUUUGUAUUUUGA